AUGCCGUUUCAGCUAAGACAAUUGUUUGCUCAUAUUUACAUCUUCAACAUCCCAGCUAACCCUUCGCAGCUGUACCAUCAGUUUGAGGACGGGAUAAUUAAGGAUUUCACAAGAAUUAACACUCGAGAGGCGGCCAUCCAGAGAACAUUAUAUGAUAUUGAGUUAACACUGCGAGUACAUGGGCUAUGCUACAGAGAUUUGCAUCUUCCAGUCCCAGCUGCAGCAGCCUUUCAUGAAGUAACUGCUGAAAAUAACAAUGUUGAAGUUGAUAUUGAGCGGCGCAUUGCAUCCUUUACCGAGGCUCAGCACCAGAUCUAUGAACACAUUAUUGCAGCCAUCAAUGACGAUGAAAGACGAAGUAGAUUCCUUUUCCUCGAUGACCGUGGAGGUACAAGAAUGACCUACCUGUACAAUACAUUGAUAGCUUCUCUAAGAAGGCAAAACAAGUGUGUCCUUACCUAUGCCACUACAAGUAUAGUUGCUGAUUUGCUCAUUGAUGGAACGACAGUUCACAGUGGAUUCAAGCUACCCAUCCCAUUGCAUAAUAGUUCCACCUCUCACAUAAGAAUCCCUUCAGGGUCAUCUGAAAAAUUAAAGCAGGCUCACCUUUUAAUUAUUGAUGAAGCAUCAAUGCUAACAUGCAAUGCUCUGAGAGCCAUUGAUCUGCUGCUGAGGCAAAUAAUGAAUUCGUCCACACCACUCGGUGGAAAAGUGCCGCUACAUGGUAGACGCUUCAGACAAACUGCACCUGUCAUCCCAAGAGGAUCCAAUGCAGCAGUAAUUGAAUCCUCAAGCAAUCUCCUCUCUGACAUUUCAUAA